CAACCAUUCCUCUUUCUUCCGCAAAGCACAGCCAGGGUCGCGCGUAUUGAUGAACACCACACUCAGGUCCGCGUUGACUCGCUCAUUUACUCUCACUUCCACACGGAACAUCGCCUUCAGCAGAGCAGCAGCAGCAGCAGCAACAGCGUUCAGGCCAUCCACCAUCGUCGCAACUCGUGCAUUCUCCGCUUCCAACAUGUCUGCUCAGGCCAUUCCCGUUCCCAAUGACUUUAACAAGGUCCUGUACGCGCCUCUUGCCGAGGUGGACCCGGAGGUUGCCCAGAUCAUCGAAGAUGAGACCUGGCGCCAGUUCUCCGGCCUCGAGCUGAUCGCCUCGGAGAACCUCACCUCCCUGGCCACCAUGGAGGCCAACGGCUCUAUCCUAACCAACAAGUACUCUGAGGGUCUCCCAGGCGCGCGCUACUACGGUGGCAACGAGCACAUUGACCGUCUCGAGAACUUGUGCCGCGAGCGCGCUCUCAAGGCGUUUGACUUGGACCCCAAGGUAUGGGGCGUCAACGUACAGCCUUACUCGGGCUCAACGGCCAACUUUGCCACCUUCACCGCGCUCCUCGAGCCGCAGGAUCGCAUCAUGGGUCUCGGCCUGCCGGACGGCGGUCACCUGACGCACGGCUACUACACGGCCAAGAAGAAGAUCUCCGCAUCGUCGAUCUACUUCCAGUCUUUCCCGUACCAGGUCGACCCCAAGACGGGCUACAUUGACUACGAGCGCCUCGCGACGAACGCCAACCUGUUCAAGCCGCGCAUGAUCAUCUGCGGUGGAUCGGCCUACCCGCGCGACUGGGAUUACGCCAAGCUCGCUGCGACGGCCAAGCAGCACAGCGCAUUGCUCAUGGCUGACAUUGCACACAUCUCUGGCCUCGUCGCGGCCAAGGUCCAGAACAACCCGUUCGAGUUCUGCGACGUCGUCACCACCACCACCCACAAAACGCUCCGAGGACCUCGCGCCGGCAUGAUCUUCUUCCGUAAGGACAAGGACCCGGAGGCCGAGGCGAAGAUCAACGCAGCCGUUUUCCCCGCUUGCCAGGGUGGUCCUCACAACAACACUAUCGCCGGCAUUGCGACGGCGCUGCGCCAGGUCAGCUCGCCAGAGUUCAAGGAGUACGCCGCGGCGGUGAUCAAGAAUAGCCAGGCACUCGGCGCAAAACUGCUCAGUUACGGCUACAAGCUGCAGACCGAGGGCAGCGCCAACCACCUCGUUCUGUGGGACCUGCGCCCGCUCGGCCUGACGGGCAGCAAAAUUGAGAAGAUCUGUGACCUGGCGCAUAUCACCAUCAACAAGAACGCCGUCGCGGGUGACACGUCCGCCAUGGUCCCUGGCGGUGUGCGCAUUGGCGCCAGCGCGUUGACGUCACGCUCGAUGGGCCCCGCCGACAUGGAGCAGGUCGCCACGUUCCUGCACCGCGCCAUCGAGAUCUCGCAGGUCCUGCAGAAGGAGGCCGGCUCCAAGCUGCUCAAGGAUUUUGUUGCCAAGGCCACUACGGGCGAAGGCGAAGGGCGCAAGCUGAUCGAGCAGCUCGCGGGCGACGUCCAGGCGUUUGCCACAAGGUUCCCCUUGCCGGGCGUGCCGGACAGCAGCAAAAUUCAGCGCCCUGCUGGCCAUUAAGCCUCGGCGCUUCCACUCUAGUUUCCCCUCAGAGAAGCACUUGCCUCCCUUUGGCCUUUCUCUUUUAUCCUCUUAGGGCUUUUCUUCUUUUUCUGUUCUCCAUUACUCCAAAGGUUCAACCACAGCAGCAUCCCUCCCCUUUCCUCCCAUUUUGAGGUCCCCGUGACCGCUUUGUGCAAACCGACCUCUAUCAUCCUCUCUGCAUAGCAUGUUCAACCAACGAAAAGUCCUGGCCCUCAUACGAAAAUUGUGUAGCACGUACUAUAAAUUCACAAACAAGAAUGCAUCAUCGGUUGCGUCCGAUACAGACGAU